AUGCAGAACAACUACUUCGUCUGCACGCUCGGCCAAGCGGCAGCCCUGAACACCAAUCCGAAAUCCUACCGAAACAUUAGCGAGUUCCUCAGUCAGCAAUCCCAGCAUCAUCCAUUACUCCCAGCUGUUGGCUUUCCUAUACCACGACCCAACCAGCGGGAAUGGGACUACCGCGUCCUCUCGUUUGCAGACGUUGACCAGGGCACCAACGUCUUCGCCUCGCGCCUCACAACUUGCCUUGGCACAUCUCGCAAGCUAGCGACUGUAGCCCUGUUGUGCCACAGCUCUCCGGAAUUCCUCUUCACUUGGCUGGGUCUGAUCAGACUAGGGUACUCCGUCCUUCUGAUAGCACCACAAUGCCAGCCAGCAGCCAUCCUGCAUCUCUGCACAGCGUGCGAGGUUACUGACUUCUUCUACGAUGUUGCCCAUACUGAACGGGCCCAGCAGACCGAGACGCUGGCAAAAGAACAAGGUACGCUGGGGCUACAAGUGACGCUGUUACCACUGAGUGGUGCAGAAGACGUUCUCGAUGUGAUCCAGACCCCACUAGAGAGUAGCGUCGAACCUCUUCACGUAGAUGAAGGAUCCAUUGCGUACUUACACCACACGUCUGGAACCUCGUCAGGCCUGCCAAAACCGAUCCCGCAAUCCCAUCGUGCGGCUAUUGGCGUGCUUCCGCAUCUCCCCAAGAUUCCUGCCCUAGCAUCCUUCACUACAACGCCCCUUUAUCAUGGCGGCAUCGCGGAUCUCUUCCGGUGCUGGACGAGCAAUGCUAUGAUCUGGCUCUUCCCGGGCAAAGAUGUACCAAUCACAGCACGCAACAUCUGCGAAUGCCUGGAUGUGGCCAAGACGUACGCGGCGACGGAAGGUUUACCCAAAGUCAAAUACUUCUCAUCCGUACCCUAUGUACUUCAAAUGAUGGAGGCCGACGAGAAGGGUCUGCAGCUGCUCCAAGACAUGGAUAUUGUGGGCGUUGGAGGCGCUGCAUUGCCAGCAGAAGUGGGCGACCGAUUAGUAAAGAGCCGUGUUAAUCUCAUCUCCCGAUUUGGGAGUGCAGAGUGUGGCUUCAUUCUGUCUUCAUAUCGCGAUUUCGCCGCCGACGACGAUUGGCAAUAUCUGCGGAACUACAACCCACCGAAAUUGGUAGAGUUCGAGAAGCGCGAAGGGGACCUAGCCGAGCUUAUUAUCAAGCCCGGAUGGCCACAUAUGGCCAAACAAAACCGACCGGACGGAUCUUUUGCAACUGCCGACUUGUUUGCAGCACAUCCGACCAUUAAGGACGCAUGGUUGUACCAUUCGCGAGCAGAUUCGCAACUCACACUGAUAACCGGAAAGAAAUUCGAUCCGGCGCCCCUGGAAGACGCUAUUGCGACUUCUCCUUAUCUCGACGAUGUGCUGAUAUUUGGCAAUAACAGACCCUUCCCAGGUGCUCUUCUCCUGCGAUCAAAACAGUCAAGUAACAUGUCAGACCAAGAGCUCCUAGGCGCCGUUAGGAUACAAGUCGAGAAGCUAAACAGCGAAAGCCAGGACCAUGCAAGGAUAUCGUUUGACAUGCUCGUUCCGCUACCCCACCAAGAUCAGCCACUCGAGAAGAGCAGUAAAGGAACCAUUAUCCGGAGAGCGGCAGAGGCCCGGUUUGAAGACGCUAUUAACAGCGCGUAUGGCUCACAAGAUUCCGACUCGUCACUUGAAGUAAGCGACGACGACGUGCCCCAGCAUCUAAUCGGCCUCAUUCAGAGUAUGACGGGUCAGACGGCGGAACUGAACAAAGACAUAGAUCUCUUUUCCUACGGUGUCGACUCAAUCGCAUGCAUGCAGUUGAGGACACGUUUGAGACGCUUGAUUCCCAAUUUUGAAGGUCAGCUCCCGAUGAGCGUCGUUGAGGACUGCGGUACCGUGCGACGAUUGACAGACUAUGUCUUACGGAAGAGGCAUGGACAGAGCGACUCCGGUGGUGAGGACGAAGAGAAGCUGAUGUUAGACCUGGUGAAGCAGUAUGGCUCGUUCACGGCUUCAACACUGCGUACCGCUACCAAUGGCUCCGUUGCGAAGAGGGGAGUUGACGAAGUGGUAGUACUAACGGGAGCGACCGGCGCGUUGGGAGCACACGUUUUAGACCUGUUGCAGAAAAGAUCGGAUGUUGAGGCUGUUUACUGUCUUGUCAGAGGAGCAGAUGAGCAUGCAGCAAGAGAACGUGUCAGUAAAGCAUUGGAGCAGCGUGGACUAGUUAGCUUGUUGACCCCAGGAGCCGCGGAUGGUAAAAUCAAAGUCAUACCGUCUCAGCUGAGCGAAGAACGUCUGGGACUGGAUGAAGACGUAUACGAGUACCUCGCCGAGAACGCGACUUCAAUCAUCCACGUCGCCUGGACUGUCAACUUCCGCCUGAAGUUGCGCAGUUUUGAGAAAGAUAACAUCGCCGGUGUGCGAAACCUGCUCGAUCUUGCCCUCAAGUCACAGCGAUCACAACCUCCGCGUUUUACGUACUGCUCUUCUACUGCAGCCAUUAUGAACGGCACCCUCGACGCGUCUGGUCAGCUACCCGAGGUGGUGUCAUCUGAGCCCUCAUCAGCAUCUCCAUUGGGUUAUUCGCGUUCGAAGUGGGUCGCAGAGCACAUCUGCCUUGAAGCGCAUAAUCGGACGAAUCUUCGCGGAUGUAUAGCAGUAGUCCGUGUUGGACAACUCGCUGGGGAUUCCACAUCAGGGGUAUGGAACACAAAGGAGGCAUGGCCCAUGAUGUUGAGUACCGCGAGACUCAUCAAGUGCUUACCUGAUCUCGGUGAUGAGCCUCUAGAUUGGCUGCCAGUCGACGUUGCGGCGAAAGCGUUCCUUGAAGCUGCCGGUCCUCGCAAGGAACAUGGGGAAAUGCCAGUGUUCCAUGUAUUGAACCCGCACCACGAACCAAGCUGGACUCAGAUGUUGCAGUGGCUUCAGAAGGAAGAUCAGUUUGAGAUAGUUUCGCCCAAAGAAUGGGUAGAGCGUCUAGAACAGGCUGGUGACUCGGAUCAUUCUGCGCUGAAGCUGUUGGGGCUUUGGAAGGAAUCGUACGGCCGCGAACUGACAGAGAAGACCGCGCGACCACAGUUCUCAACGACAAAGACGAGCGAGUCUGUACAGGCGCUGAGGAAUGUCGAGCCGCUGGACAAGGAGUAUGUCGAGAGAAUAUGGAACUGGAUCCAGGAAAAUGUCAAGUAG